GAAUAAAUAGGAUGAAUGAAAAUGAGAAAAAAUAUUGGAAAAUAAACAGGGCGGUUAUAUGAUAUAUGACAUGUACACAUAUAACAAUUAACAAAGGUACAGGGGAUAAGUUACGACACAAUACAUAAGAUAUACUAACAAACAAUACAAAAUACAUGUCGGAAUAUCACAUGAUCUGAAUGUUGUAAACAGAAGUUUAAUAGAGAUGAAAGAAAGAAAGAUACUAUUGUAUUACAUCCUCGUAAAACAUUAUUUAAACAAUUCAGUCAGCGGAGAGACUGGACCAAAAUUGAGAUCACACAACACUAGAGUGUCGCGUGAUAGAUCGCGGAUAAAUAGUACAAAAUAAUGAAUAUAGGAAAGUAUAGCCAUUUGUUAUAAUUUAUGACAGGAAAAUAAUUGCUGUAGUGAUAUUUAAGGAACUGGUUGUUGUAUAUUUUCAAUAAUUUUUGGAAGUACAACGUUAAAACAUAUAUCAAAACAUUGUAGAUUUUAUAAUGGCAUCAAAAAGUGUAUCAUCGUCUGAUGAAAGUAGUGAUAUAAAAUGUUCGGCAUGUAAAGAGCAAGAUAAAAAUAUAGCAGCUGACAAAUAUUGCGUUGAUUGUCAGGAUUACUACUGUUCCCAAUGUUUGGAACUGCACGAAACGCUUCCUGCUUUGAAGAGCCACAACCUUCUUGAUACAAAUGAUGACAAAAUUGGUCAGCUUAAAAUGAUACCAACUGAAAAGUGUGAAAAACAUCAUUACAAAAUUGUUGACAUGUUUUGCCAGAAUCAUGACGAGGUCGGGUGCGCAACUUGUAUGGCCACGGAUCACAGAAACUGCAAAGAUGUUUUCUACAUUCCUGAAAUGAUAAAAACAUGCGAAGUUAAAGGUUUCGAAGAACGCAUUGUUUCUCUAGAGAAGAAAUUUAACGAGCUUCUUGACAGAUUCAACAACGAGGAUUCUUAUCUAGAGGCAAAUGAACAAUCGGAAAUCGACAAGAUAAAUUCAUAUGCAAAACAAAUUGAAGAUAACAUCAGGCAAGCUGCUCAAGACGCCAUCGAUCAAGUUGAAAAACAGUAUCAAAACCUGAGGUCAACACUGAAAGAGAAUACUGUCAAAAUCAGAGAACAGUAUGAGAAGUUUUCAACGGUUAAAGAAUGCAUUGAAUCAAUAAAAGAAAACAAAUCUCAAGCAUUUGUGACUUUCAAACUAAACAAAGAUGAAAUUGUCGAUAGAGAACAGGCGUAUGAAACUGGUUCGCAUAUUGAACUUGGACAAAGAUUUCGAUUUAAAAUAGAUUCCAAACUAAAAAAAAAUAUUUUGGAAAGGAUGGUAUUAGGAAAUGUAAAUUUACAGCAAGAUACUUUUGUACAUAAAAGUAGCUUUAACAUACGCUUGACAUCAGACGAAAACAAGGUCGAUGUAUACGGAUCUUGCGUUGUAUCAGACGGAUCAAUCGUUUUAGCAGACCGUAACAAUAAAAACAUUAAACUGGUUGAUGUAAGAAAGCAACAGGUUGUAGAUGAGUUUAUAUUUCAGACCGGACCAACUGAUGUCUGCGCUAUAGAAAGAAGUUGUACAAACGAGAUUGCAGUGUGUCUACCAAAUGAAAUGAAAGUUUCAGUGAUCUAUAUACUAAAUAAUAAAUUCUGCUCUGAUUUUGACAUCAAUUUAAAUUUUUUCUGCUUCGGUAUAUUCUUCUCAGAUAAUAUUCUGUAUAUUUCUGACCCAAGGAGUGUACACCUAGUUGAUUUUACCGGUAAAGUGUUAAGAACUGUCUCCGUAAACGUAAAGAAGCAUUUAAGCAGUCAUAGUCAACUUCAUAAUAUAUACGUUUGUAGUAAAAACAAAAACAUAUUUGCUUCUUGCCGUUUAUUGGAAGGAAGAAAACUUUUCUGUAUUAAUGAUAAUGGGGAGAUUAUAAAUAUAAUUUCAAAGGAGAAAGCAUGGUGUAGUGGCCUAGCAGAUGCUGGAAAUGGGAAAGUGUUUGCUUUUGGAAACGAUUCGAAAAAUGUUACACUUUUGAAUGAUAGGUGUGAGAUUGAAAAGGUUGUUAUAAAGGAACUUACAGAUCCUUGCUCUAUGUGCUUUGAUUUAAGAUCGGGGCGUAUGUAUGUUUUUAACUGGAAUGAAGACAAAGCACAGAUAUUUGAAGCUGUAUAGAUAUUGCCAUACUAUUUUAGAGAAAAGUGAAAUAACACUGUA